UUCGCCAAAGCUGAUGUGUCUUUUAAGCUUUCGUGUUUUGGAGCAUUUUUCAGGAAUUUUGGUAAUUUAACUUCGUAAAAUCAUCGAAAAAACAUCACAUCGCAUCCCAAACAUCCUUUGGCAUCCGACAAAAAAGGCUCAAACUGUCAGAAAUCCCGUUGGGAACGUAUUUACCGGCUUGCAUCAUCACAAAAUGAUUCUCCGUAUCGCCGUGUUACUGCUGGCAUUCGGCACGAAACUCAGUUUCGAACAAAUUCCUCGCCCGCGAGGCGUUUCCAUAUCACGAGCGAGCUUGUAUCGACCCGAAAGCGACAAUUGGAUGUGCUUAGAUGGCAAAAAGGAAAUUUUGUACACACAAAUUAACGACGAAUACUGUGAUUGUGAGGAUUUUAGCGACGAACCGGGUACUGCGGCAUGUCCUUUGGGAUCGUUUCAUUGCACAAACUCCGGAUAUCGACCGAAAAACAUCCCCAGUAGUCGCGUGAAUGACGGAAUUUGCGAUUGUUGCGAUGCUUCUGAUGAAUAUUCGAGCGGAGCGGAUUGUCAUAACAAUUGUCUCGAAUUAGGCAAAGAAGAUCGUUUACGGGAGAAACAACGCGUCGAAAAGGCAAAAUUAGGCAACCAAUUGAGACAAGAGAUGAGUCAACGGGGGAAAUCGCUGAAAGGAGACCACAAAAAUCGUUUGGAUGAACUCGAAAAGACACGAAAUGAAGCUCAAGCGUUGCGCGAUGAAAAAUUAAAGCUCAAAAAAGAAGCGGAAGACUUGGAAAGUGACGCCUUGAGGUACUAUCGUGAACUUGAGGAGGAAGAAAAGAAGAAAAAAGUCGAAGAAGAAGCUGCUGCCAAUCGCAAAGAGGCGGAACAAACAUUCGCGCAUUACGAUUCGAACGAAAAUGGCGUCAUUGAGGUUGCGGAACUUCAAGCUCGUGUCGUUUUCGAUCGAGAUCGCAACGGAGAAGUUUCCGUCGAAGAAGCUCAUUACUUUUUGAACGAUCAAGACACUGUCGAUUUGGAACAAUUCGUUACCGUGUCAUGGCCUCGUAUCAAACCCAUGUUAAUGCUGAAUCAGGGAUUAUUUAAACCACCGAUAAGCCAAGAGGAACGAGAAGCAGAGACUGAAGAACAUGAAGAAAACGACGAAAAUCAGGGAGACAAUCAAGAAGAAAGCGCUACAGAACAUCCGCACGAAGAUUACGACGAAUCCGAAGAAGAAGAAGUUGGCGAAGGCGAUAUCGAAGAAGUCGUUGACGAACAACAAAAACCCCCAGAAGAGCCCGUUGUCUACGACGACGAAACACAAGAACUGAUAAAUCGCGCAAACGAAGCUCGAGCCACGUACGACGAAGCAGAAAAGCAAUUCCGUGACAUUGACUCCGAAUUUUCAUCAAUUAAGGAGCUUUUGGAGAAAGAUUACGGUCCGGAGGAAGAAUUUGCUCCCUUGAGUGGCGAAUGUUUCAAUUUUGAAGAUCGCGAAUACAUUUACAAACUUUGCCCCUUCGACAAAGCAGUUCAAGCGCCCAAAAAUGGCGGAUCUGAAACACGUCUCGGUACAUGGGGCAAAUGGGCAGGCAAAGAUAACAAAUAUUCCGUCAUGUUGUACGAACAUGGGACAUCGUGUUGGAAUGGCCCGCAACGAAGUGCGACAGUUCAAGUCGAAUGCGGAUUGGAUACGCGAGUUACGAGUGUCACGGAACCAAAUCGAUGCGAAUAUUUGUACGUGUUUGAGACGCCAGCUGCUUGUUCGCCCAACGAAACUUUGGAACAAACGCACGGCGAACACGACGAAUUGUAAAUCCCAAGAAACUUACCCAUUCCUGCCUCAUGGAAAAACUCACACACAACACAACUGAAAGAAAAUUUAGGAAAUUAAAUAAAUUUUAUUAAGAAUAAUUGUAGUAUUGUUUUUACUUUUUUGAUUUUUUGAUGAUGAUUGCAAUUGCAUUCCAAAUUAGACACAAAAAAAAAUGACGGAGCUGUUUAAA